GUUGCAAUUGGAAGAGUUGUUUUGCAAUUUGUAAUUUGUGUGCUGAGUGAGUGUGGCUGUGUGGGUGCGACUCCAAACCCAAAUCAAAAAAUCGAAGUGCAAUGUUCUCACAGUGCCAUAUUCUCUCCCACUCCCAAAUUCCCAACACUACCCUCUCCACAAACUUUCGUCUCAGAGCCAUGGCGCCCCACGCCACACCUCUCGAGCUCAAUCGCUUCGCCGAGGUUGGUAACAAAGUCGCCGAUGCCGCCGGAGAAGUUAUCCGCAAAUACUUCAGGAAGAACUUCGACAUUCUUCAAAAACAUGAUCUCAGUCCAGUAACCAUUGCAGAUCAGUCGGCUGAAGAGGCCAUGGUUUCAAUCAUACUAGACAAUUUCCCUUCUCAUGCGAUUUUUGGAGAGGAAAAUGGGUGGAGGUGUAAAGAAAAAAGUGCUGAUUAUGUUUGGGUAUUAGAUCCCAUAGAUGGGACUAAGAGCUUCAUUACUGGGAAACCCCUCUUUGGUACUCUCAUUUCUCUUCUACAAAAUGGCACACCAAUCCUUGGCAUAAUCGAUCAACCUGUGUUAAGAGAAAGAUGGAUUGGAAUAACUGGAAAGAGAACUACACUGAACGGACAAGAAGUAUCUACACGCACUUGUGCAGAUCUUUCUCAAGCAUACUUGUACACCACAAGCCCACAUCUGUUCAGUGGAGAUGCAGAAGAGGCAUUCAUCCGUGUUAGAAACAAGGUUAAAAUUCCAUUAUAUGGCUGUGACUGCUAUGCAUAUGCUCUUUUGUCUUCUGGUUUUGUGGAUCUGGUAAUUGAAUCUGGUCUGAAGCCAUACGAUUUUCUUGCGUUGAUACCCGUUAUUGAAGGCGCUGGAGGCGUCAUAACUGAUUGGAAAGGACAUCAACUUCAUUGGGAAGCUUCUCCUCUUUCAAUCGCAACAAGUUUUAACGUUGCGGCCGCUGGUGACAAACAGAUUCAUCAACAAGCUCUAGAUUCAUUACAGUGGAAGUGAUAGCAUGAAUUGAAAUUUUUUACAAUUUAAGUUUAUAAUUUUCUCUGUAAGCUGUCCUGGUUCAGAUGUUCCUAAGGACAUGUAUUAUAAUACCAUUGUUCGGCAUUUAUUCAAGUCGAAAAAACCAUGGUAUUCAGAAUCUUGAAUAAGCUCCUGCAAAAAUUAACCUUUCUUUCUCGGUUGGGGGGUAAGUAAACUCUUCAACACCUUAAUUAAACAAGUUCAAAAUUACUC